AAUCGAACUUAAUGACCCACGCGCUUGACUUAAUAUAGAAGAAGGAGAAGACUGUAGGGGUGACCGAUUUCCCCAAUUCGAGGCAAACCCUCGUUCCGAAAUCGCGACACCGCGCUUAUCUCAUGGCGGCCUCUUCUUCCUCUCUCUCUUCCGAUUCUUCCUCUCACCGUCGCAGGCGUCACCACCGUAAUCGCCGAGACCGCGACAAGGACUCCCUUAAGAUCCGAAAAAAAACCAAGUCUCACUCCCACACCAAACGACGUCGCAAGCAUCAUCGCUACUCUUCCGAUUCUGAUUCAUAUUCUUCAUCCCCCCUCUCUGAUUACUCCAGAAGUGAGAGUUCUUCUGAUAGUGAGCAUGAAACAUCUCAUCGUACAAAGAAGCACAAAAAGAGUGACAAACCUAAGAAGAAUAAGGAAAAGGAGCGAAGUAAAAGUCAUCGCCAUAAGAGACAGAAGCACAACCUAAAAGAGAAGCAGAGUGGUGAAAGGAGCAGCAGCCCUGUUCAGCUUUCAAAGUUUUUAGGGCGCAACAAAGAUGAUGGUGUCCGUCGUAGUGCUGUAUCUGGCAAGAAGAUUCUUCUCAAACUGGAUAAAACAAAGGAAGAUAAGGAGGCGGAGAGCAAGAGAAAUGAACUGCUAAAUUUUUUGAAUGCUAGUUUUGAUUAGCAUUGAGAAGGUAUAGAUUUGUUAGAGGGCACAAAAAAGUCAGCAAAGAACCAAUUCUACCAUUACGUCGGGAUGGGGUGUGGUUAAAUUAAAUUGUGUUUGUAACUGAAUGACUGCGAUUGAGUUUGUGGAUUCUUCUUUCAUGGAUUUGGUGAUGAGCUUUUGGAGGAUGACAACGUUUUAUAUGAAUCAAUGAUGUUAUAAUGUUGAAUCAAAAACUAUUUCUAUCCAUAUCAAGAUAUUUUUGAAAUA